CUCUCUCCCUGCACCUUCCUCUUCUCUCCAGGCAUGUACCGGGCUGGUCUCUUCCUCAUCCUCUUGUGUCUCUGCUGCUCAGGCAGCCAGUGUAACCCAGAGAAACUCUGUAACUUUGUCUGUGAUCACUGGGAUUGCUCAGAUGAGAACCAUUGUGGUUACCACAAGGAAUCCUCCCUAUUGGGAAGGCCCUUCAGCUGUGACUUUGAGCAGGAUGACUGUGGUUGGACAGAUGUCAGUACCUCAUCCUACCAGUGGGUCAGAGAGCGCAGGACCUUCUCUAGGUGGGGAAUCCGACCCCAUGGGGACCACACACUAAGGAAUAGAUGGGGUUGGUUUAUGGCCACUGGUGGUCACACCGGGAAAUCCGCAGCCACAGCAAGCCUCCAGUCACCUGUUCUCCGGAAUGCAGCCGCUACGUGUGAGAUUCACAUCCAUUACCACAUGUGGGCUGAAGAUGCGCAAACUAUAAAUGGGUCCUUGUCUGUGCAACUGACUGAUAAUAACCAAACGUAUAAUUUAUGGGUCGGCCCAAAGAGCAGCAUCAAGGGCUGGAGACAAACCGUUAUCUACCCGGGCAGCAUCAGAGAUGCAUUUCAGAUCAUUGUGGUCUCCUCCAGAGAUCCCUUUAGCCACGGAGACAUUGCUAUCGAUGACUUAGAGUUCCGGCACUGUGGCCUCUCAGCCCCACUGCUGGAAUGCCCCGCUGAGUACCACAAGUGCCCACUUGGACCUUGUGUGAUGCCAGAAUCAGUCUGUGAUGGGACAGACGACUGUGGAGACAAUACAGAUGAGACCAAUUGCACCAUGUACCGCUUCUGCAACUUUGAGGUCAACUCCUGUCAGUGGAAUACAGACGGCUGGCAGAGGGUAAAUGGCACUGGCUCAAGGCCAAGUAGAGACCAUACUUCAGGCAGUAGGAAUGGUUACUUUCUGAAGGUGGAGAAUGGUUCCUCAGCUAAAUUGUCUUUCCGUAUUCAGCCAAACAAUGGACCUUGCUAUAUGGUGCUGUACUAUGUUAUGGAUGGAUCUGAUGACAACCGCUUACUGAUCAAUUACACUGAUGCCAAGAAAACAGUGGCAGAAAAGCAAGGCCAGAGGGGGCAAGUGUGGCUGCGGGAGAGGGUCCAGCUGCCUGAUACAGAACACAAUGUUACCAUUGAGGGCAUUGCUGGAGCAGGGCCCGACUCUGUGGUUGCUUUGGAUGAUGUGAUCCUCUCUCCGGGGUGCAGACUGGUGACGGAAGGCACCCCAGCCAUGACGGAAACAGUUACUCCGAGACACCUGAACGCUCGUGCCGAAUCCUUUAAGUGGGAGAAAAAGACAUGCCAAAACAUUUCUGAAUUCCUAUUUAAUAGCAGCAUGGCUGAAUGGACAGACCUGAGCAUUGGGAGAAUAAAGUGGGGAACAGACAAUGGGACUUUAACUGGAGGAGACACUAAAAAAUAUCUGGGAGUACAACGGGCACAAGGAAAUCUUCUGGCUGGGGCAGAAAUUCUCAGUCCUACCUUGUGUGCUGUGGGACCCAUCUGUGCUAUCAAUAUGACCUAUUACUUUAACAGUGGCCCCUCUGGGGCCCUGUCACUGAGCUUGCUGAAUCCGGAAUGGGGCACCCAAUCCCACGUCUGGGGAAGCCAAGGAGAAUCGAGCACAGUAUGGAGAUCUGUCAUGAUCCCAGUAGGGGAAAGGAAGCAACCAUUCCAGCUAGUUCUGGAUAGCUCUGUUGACCCUCAGCUUAGGGCCAACUGGGGAGCAGCUGUGGAGAAGAUUCAGUUUAUUGACUGUGGAACAGAUAAAAUCGCUGAUGACAAAGCUACAGUAACGUGUAACUUUGAGACGGGGAUGUGUGGCUGGUACCAGGACCUGACGGACGAUAUUGAUUGGACAAUGGGAGCACAGGCCGACCACACCACAGGCAAAGGUAACUGCCUCUAUGUGGAAGGGGGUUCCCGCAUGGACCGGGGUAUGGUCGCACGGCUUCUCACAUACCGCCAAUCCGCUGCUGACUCCCAGUGCCUCACCUUCUAUUACCGUGUGUGGGGCCCAGAUGCAGGCACUUUGAUCUUGUCCAGUAUUACUGAAGGGAAGGAGACUCUGCUCUGGACCAGCACAGGAACCCACGGAAACAGAUGGCACCAUGAAUCUGUAACCCUAACCGCGAAAAGCUACCAGUUGGCCUUUGAUGCUGUACGCGAUGGUUCUGUAGGAAACAUGGCAGUGGAUGAUAUCACGCUGAGGCCUGGAGCUUGUGCUGCCCCAACAAGAUGCACUUUUGAGGCUGGCACCUGCCGCUUCAAAUCUCAGGGACAAUAUAUAUGGAAACUGCAACAGAACCAAAAUGCCAACCCUUCUUACCCCCAGCCUGGUCCCUUCUUCGAUCACACUCUACAGAGUGUUUCAGGGCAUUACAUGCUGGUUGAUACUGCCACGUUGCCAAGGAAGGCAUCUGCUCUGCUGGAGUCAGACAUGUAUGAUGCACUGCCUGUUCAGGGAUGUGUCACCUUCUGGACUCAGUUUGGAGGCAGCCAAGCAGGGACGCUAAAUGUUUAUAUUGUGGAGGAUACAGGGAAGAAGAAAGAGGCGCGAAAGGUACUGAGUGCAAGUGGAAUGCACCAAGAUAUCUGGCACUACAGGGGCGUGACCAUUCAGGCAGGCACCAGGCCCUGGCAGCUGAGGUUCGAAGCGGUCAGUGCAGGAGGAGAUCAGUGUUAUAUUGCUCUGGAUGAUAUUCACAUAAGUCAUCACCCUUGUCAUGAACCAGCCACGUGUGACUUUGAAUCUGGAUACUGCGGUUGGUCCAAUGUUAGAUUCCCAUUAGUGGACACAUAUGACUGGGACUACACAAGUGGGGGGCCAAUGGAUAAAGACCACACACUAGGCACCAAGGAAGGCCAUUAUGCCUUUGUGGAGACCGGAUCUCUACACACAGAGGGAAGUUCUGCCUGGCUACUAAGUGAGCAUCUCCCAGCAACCGCCAGCUCGUGCUUCAGCUUCUGGUACGGUACAGACGCCACUGGUCAUUACCAUGUGGGGGAGCUGGUUCUGUUUAUGAGCAGCACUCAGGGUCUGCUGCCUAUCUGGGUUCUCAGUGGUCAUCAGAGCAAUGGCUGGCAAGAGCAGCGCCUUCAGCUGAACAGCACAGUCGAUUUUCAGUUAGUUUUUGAGGCUUCCAAAGGCUCUCGGCCACACUCUGCUACAGUUGCACUGGAUGACCUGAAGUACACAAGGGGCAGGUCAUGUAACGCCAAACAACAGGAACCAGAAACCAAGAAAGCAGGCAAGAACAACUCAGGAACUAUUCUGGCUGUACUCCUUGGGGUGCUCCUCGUAUUGCUGUGCGGGGCAGCUGGGUUCCUACUGUAUCGGAAGAGGAAAAAUAACUUGGCUGGGGCACCCAGUGUUUCCAGUCAUGCUGACAGACUGGAAGGAUUUGACAAUGUGGUGUUUGAGGACAACGGAGCAUCAUCCUAGUAGAAAAGUAUUGCCUGCACAUCAGCCCUAAAAAAUUGGACCUUUUCAGACCCGUAAGCUAAGCACAGAAUGCAACAUAAUGGUGCCUUGAUUCUUUCUCAUGACCUAUGUAAUCAUUCUUGAUGACUUCAACCUGUGCAACAGGAGGGCAGUGCUUUCAGCCACCUCCCAACACAUGUAAUGCACCUGCAAAGCAAGAUCACUUCCUGCAGCCCAUGGACCAACACAAUGAACAACUUGCAGCCAAUGAAAAAAAAAAAAAAAGGUGUUCCACUUUAAAACAAAAAUGGUGCAGCCAAUGAAAUAACCAAAUUGCUUCUUACUAGCUGAAAGGGACACUUUGAUUUGACAGGUCCACAACACUUGUUGCAUUACAAAGAACAAAGAUGUGCCACUUUGGAUCUAAAAGAAUGCAGCAGUCACUGGAUCCACUAACACUUGUGAUCAUGAAGUGCCACCACCAUAGAUCUGAAUGGGCUGGUGCAAGUUACGUGUGGGCCAUAAUGAUAAUCUGAGUGCCAGACCAAAGAACAGAUGCAGAACUGCUGGAUGAGGCGAGAACCUUCCAAAAAUCAGGCAAAUGCCCAUGCACAGGCCUGUGUACAAGGGGCACAAUGGCAUCUUAUAUUGCUCCAUGUAGUGGCUAUUUUAGUUCAAAUAUAUAGAACGGCACAAAGAUUAUUUUUUACCAGAACACGUAAUCACUUGCAUGAUCAGAACAUUUCUGCAUUGCUAACAAUAUAAAUGCUAAUACAUUUUUUAUUUGUGAUCCUUGUACCUGGAUUUAUUGUCAUGUAAUUAAAGGUAGCUUGUUUCUAUAGGA